GCCUAGCAACGCAGAGGUUGUCAACAAAGAAUUUCUCUCGGUUUCCGAAUAUACGCAAUAGUAACGGGAAAAUGGAUUGCAUUCUUAAAAACCUAGCUCUCGUGGAACUUAUAAAGAAAGAGGAAAGAUAUUACAAACUGCAAACUGAGGUCACCGUCAAUCCUUUUAGGAAAGUACAUGUCCUCGCAGAUAAACCCAUGUCCAGAAAACCACCUGACGAAACACCAGAGGACACUGCCUUUCUUGAGGCUUACAGAAGGGCCCGUCUGGAACCCAAUAAGAAAUAUCCCUUGCCUCUCACUGAAAGUCAAGAGAUUGGAUGGUUUUCCAAUGAACUGAUGGAAAAGAACAUUCAAGACCCGCGAUUCGACUUCCGGAGGCGCAAGACAGAUAUCACAGACACUCAAAAUCUCAAACUACGCUCAAAAUAGACCUAAAAAAGUGAUUUAUUUUAUUCUUCCAAGUCUUUUUUUCCUUCUUCCAAAAAGGCAUCUUUGCAAGGUAAAUCCCAAGUCAAAGCAAAUUACAUAUUGAUCACACUAAUGAACUAUAAAGGACAAAACUGACAGCAGCUCAUAAACCAAAUGUCAUGUCAGAUAAGACAGAAUCAAUUAAGCCACGGAGCUGAAUGAGGAAAAUAAAACAAUUUCCCAAAAUUCAGAAUACACGGUAUCCAUUAGACAGUCCAGGGACCAGAGCAGAUACUGAAGAGAAAUUUUAUGAUAAACAUAUUCCAUGUUUUUUUUUUUUUUUAAGUUUCCAAGAUGCGUGGAGUACAACACUGCUGUACUUUAUACAGGCACAAUGCAGUUCCAUUUGUGUCUUGAUAGGACCCAGCUCUAAGUGUUUUUAAAAGGGAUUCAUGUUGUCUACAUCCAUUCAGAAAUCCACAUUUAAUAAUUCUGUAUAAAAUAUAUACAUGUAACCACAGUCUGGAUUGCACAGUCAUGCUUAAUCCUGUCCA